GCCAGAGCUGCAUAGUCUGCAUGCACAUUCCAAAAUAAGUCAUCAGGCUCAACAACAAAAACGCGUAAACAAGCAUCAACAACGCGGUCGAACAGCGCCCAAUCGAAUGUCAGAAGCGUCGAGCUCUCGUCUCCUAUAUCGUGGCUCGCUCUCUCUGCCAGACUCUUACAUCCUCCUAGAUGGACUCACAUUCUCAGCAAACCUUCUCACCAACAAAGACCUCCUCCAUAAUCCACUAGCACUGGCACUCGAAAGCAUGCGUGGUCGGCCUUCCCUCAGACUUAAAGGCACGGAAUCGCUCAAGAAUCUAUGCAUAGACCCUUCAGAUGACGUCUGUAUGGACAUUCAUCCAUCCGCCACCCUCUCUCGCGUCUACUUUGAAAACAUACUCUGCCUAUCGCGUCUCUCCCCUGAUGGACGGACGGAAAUAGGUGUGCGUGUCGCCUUGGGAGAUACUGAUGGUCCCGCAACGACCGAAAUACUAAUAUUCGGAAAGACCCAUUCUUCGCUUACCACUCCAUCCCUAACAAUACAUGUGGCACGCAUCACUCCCGCUGCUCGUGCCCCCCGUCCAGACGACCCUACACCCCGAAAACCGCCUCAGCAUCUUCUUACGCGCACACAAUCUAUCGGAGAACUCGCUGCCAACACGAGGAUCAAAGUCAAAGGAGAUGAUUCAGAGGUGGUGAGACGCGCAAGAGAGGUGAUGCUGCAUUUACCGAAUUCGAAACCGCGAGGGCGAGGAAAGGACAAGGAAAGAGGCGGCGCUGUGUUCAAAGUACCUGCGCUCCCAGCAAAGAAAAUCAAUCACGCCACAGACGCAGACGUUUUCGGACCUGUAAGCAAUUCUAAAGGCAAAACACGCGCGGCAGACGAAGGAAUUGGCGAUACAGAGCAGGAGAAUAAAUCUAUCAUCAAGAAAUUCGCUGUGAGACACCUUGAUGGAGUCGGUGUGUCCAAGACGCAUGUAGAGUUUAAAGAACUCUUUGGGUUCGUGUAUCGUGGUACUGCGUUCGCUCUUAGAGCCACGAUAAAGAAAUCUCCUGUUAGUGCGCGAGCUCUAGAUACGCUUGUGGAAGCACAUAUUAAACUUUAUGUUACAUCACCCACUUGAGAGGAUGGGCUCUUUUCCAGCUGGAGAUCGUUCGCAUA